GAGUUCUAAACUAAGACUAAACAUGAAGUUCCUGAUCAUUCUUGCUCUGGCGGUGGCCGCAUCGGCUUUCCCCGAACCACAGCUGGUGCUUCGCAAUCGCGAGAUGCCCGUGCAGGACGAUAUUGAAGGUCGCAUCACCGGAGGACAGAAAGCGGCUGUUGGCCAGUUCCCCUACCAGGUCGGUCUAUCCUUGAAGUUGAGCGCUUUAAGUAGUGCUUGGUGCGGUGGCUCUCUGAUUUCCAACAAAUGGGUUCUGACCGCUGCUCACUGUACCGAGAGUGUUGUGUCUGUCACCGUUUAUCUGGGCGCCACCGUCCGCACCUCGCCCGAGGUUUCUCACGUCGUCCAGAAAUCCGGCAUCAUCGUUCACUCCGGCUAUAAUUCCAAGACCUUGAUAAACGACAUCUCCCUGAUCCAGAUCCCAGCUGUUGCUUUCACCAGCAAAAUCCAGGUUGUCGCUCUGCCAGCCCAGUCCGGCUCCUACUCAACCUAUGAGAACUCUGAGGUCGUCGCUUCCGGCUGGGGUCGUACCACCGACUCCGCUACCGCUGUUUCCAGCAAUCUUAUGUACGUCUAUCUGAAGGUUAUUGCCAACAGUGUGUGCGCUAAGACCUAUGGCUCCACCGUUACCGCAGGCAACAUCUGCGUUGCUACCCCCAGUGGACAGUCAACCUGCCAGGGUGACUCUGGCGGCCCAUUGGUACUCACCAGCAGCAAAAUCCAGGUUGGUCUGACCUCCUUCGGAGCUGCCGCCGGCUGCGAGAAGGGCUACCCAGCAGCCUUCACCCGUAUUACCAGCUUCUUGCCCUGGAUCAAGUCCAACACUGGCAUCUCCUUUUAAACAUCAGGAACUUCCAAUUUGCACAAAUAAAAAAAGAAAAGCAUAAAUGUA